GUUUCAAUUUAUAUUUGAACGAAAAAAAUAGUACGAAGUAGUUCAAUCGUUUAAUUAAAGUACUUAACAUUUUAUUUAAGGAGUUCAAUCAUUUAAUUAAAGUACUUGAAAAGUUGCUAUAAUUUAAUUCGGGUUCGAAUUUUAAUUUGUAUUUUAUAGUCACACUUUAAUUCUCUACUUAAUUAAAGUACUUCACAUUUUAUUAAAGUAGUUUGCACUACAUUAGUUUGAAGUAUUAAUUAAAAUAGUUUUCAUUAGUUGCAUUACUUUUGUAUUCAUUAUUAUAUUUGUUGCAAAUUAAUAUUUGUUACAUUUUUAAGAUGGAAGGUGGUAGAUAUUCGGUUGAUUUGGGUAACCUCGAGCGCAAUCGAAGGAACGAGAUUGGGAGGAAGAAAUCCCGCAAAGGUAAAGAACUUGUCGGCUCUUCAUCUCAAAGUCGAGAUGAUUUUGAAACGGGUUACCAAAGGAGAGAUGGAGAUGCGAUGUCCGAAGAACAACUACAACAAGAAUUGGCCCGACAUAAUAACCGCUUUCUACAACAACAAAAAAUCCUGACGACCAUUGACGAAGAGAAGCUUGAGGAUGAAGAUGCGGAGGAAAUGGAACUGGAGACGGCCGAGGAGGAGGGUGCCGGCAGCCACGACGCCGACGAGCCUGCCUCAUCCCAAACCACCACCGGUAAUAAAAAAAGUAAAUCUGAACUAAUGAAAAAUAAUUUUGAUAAGUGGAAGGACCCACAAACCGGGUAUUGGCACGCAACUUGCAAGUGGUGCAACAACAAUUAUAGCUUGGGGACCUCCGGCGGAUACGGAUCCGCUGCAAGGCAUCUUAAGGCAAAGCACCCCGUGGAGUAUGCAAAAUUAGGCGGCGGAAUGGGGAAGCAAACUCAAAUAUCGAGAAGUUGAUAUUGAAGAAAAUGAUGACUUUGACGUUCUAAACUGGUGGAAGUCAAAAGAAAGAACGUUCCCAAUUUUAGCACGGAUGGAUAAGCAAGUACUAUCAAUACCGGUUUCAAUAGUUGUUGUGGAACAAGAAUUUAGUUCGGCCGGCAAUGUCCUAACGGCAUCUAGAUCGAGAUUGAGCGCAGAGUCUCUUGAGACGCUUAUAUGCCACCACGAUUGGUUGAAGACCGCACGUAGAACUCAAGAAAUGAGCAUCACCCCCUCACAAGAAUUUAUGGAUGACUCAACAAUCGAUGGUGGCUCUACUUAUACCGGAGAUUCCGAUUGAUUAGUAUUUUAGAAAUUAUUAUAAAAUGUAUUUUGUAGCACUUCUAAAAUCAAUUUGUACUUGUACUUCAAAUUCCAAAAUUGUAAACUUGUACUUCAUUCUUCAUAUUUCAAAGUUGUAAAUUUGUACUUGUACUUUAAAU